UAAAAUACUCUUUGAUUUCUUAAAGGUGAAUGCUUAUUUUAACUUCUGAUCAUGCGCAAUAUUAUACUACUCUUACCACCACUCUUCACACACCAGGUCAUGGCCAAAUAUACAGGCGCAACGCCAGUAUGGGCCAACGUUAAUUAUAUUCUAUCUACCACCACUCUUUCUACUUUGAAUGUAAAUGCGGGAAUCCCUCAAUGGCGUUUCAUAAUAACUUUAAAUAAAUAUUUUGUUAAUUUUACUAUUUUUUUUUCAUUUUGUGCACUAAUUAUUUAAAUAAUCCUUUUUUUGAGAAACAAUAAUUUUUUUAAAAAUUUCCAUAGGCUAAAAUUUUCUGAUUUUCUGUUUUAUAUUUUUGCUUUCGGGGAAGCCCGGGAUAAUGUGAAUAACUGACACUAUUACUUAAGAAUGAAAAUUAACCACAGUAGUUAACUGGUAACUUGUGUGUCGCAGUUAUAAACGACAAUACAAAGAAAAAAGUGUUUGUGUUGAUUGUAAACUUCUCGAUACGUGAUCCUUAUAAUGAAAAUAUCAGUACCUUUUCUUCGUUCGUUAUGAAAUGACGUCUUUUUUACAACAUUCGUUAAAAGUCUGUUAAAUAAUCUUUACUAUUCAAUAAAAAGUUUUUUUUUUUAUUUGAGUACAAAAAAAUUAUAAAAUCCAUUUUGGAAAAAAAUUUUUCAAAAUGACAUGUAAUUUAGUUCUUGGCUAUGAGCCAUCUUUCCAAGUAAUUAAACAAAAAUUAAAUAAUAAAUAUUUAAUUGAAAAAAUAAUACCAAUCGAAGACGAAAUGUUGGGCUACUUGGGAAAAUAUUUUAUCCUCAAAGGAAAAAGGGAAACUAACGAAGAACCGGCAAUUUUUAGUUUUUUCCUCAAAAUUGUACCAAAUAGUGAGAAACAAAAAAAUUUCGUGAAACAAUCCAGUGUUUUUAAUAAUGAAAUUAUUCUCUAUGAGAAUUUAUUUCCUCAAAUGAAAUUUGAAGGAAUACCUAAAUUUAUUUUAGGUCUAAAAGACAAUUUUAUUCUAUUGGAGGAAAUGACAGUGAGGAAUUUUCAAAUGUUGGACAAAUUAAAAACGUUUAAUUUGAAUUUUUGUCAAAUUGCAUUAACAGCAUUGGCUGAAUUUCAUGCGAAAUCGAUUCUAUUUGAACGGAGGGAAAGUAUAGUGAAAUUUUUGAAUGAAAAAAAUUGCAAUUUACAUUCACCGGAAAGUUUAAUGUCAGGAGCAUUAAAGACAAAUAUAAAUGGUGUUUGUCAUAUUAUUGAUUUCAUUAUCAGUAUUGAAAAAUGUGAAAAACAAUGGAAAUUAGUGAAGAAAUGUUUGAAAAAUGAGGCCGAACAGUAUUACAAAAGAAAUUUUGUUGAAAAAAAAGUAUUGUGCCAUACUGAUUUAUGGUCUAAUAAUAUUCUUUUUCAAUUGGAUGAUAAUCGGAAUCCAAUAAAUUGUUGCUUGGUAGAUUUUCAGUUGUGCAGAUACGCGCCACCUGCCUUGGAUGUAUUAAUUUUUUUGUACUUCACAACAACGAAAGAAUUAAAGAAGAAGCACUUUGAGGAACUGAUUGACUUCUAUUAUGACGAAUUAAAAAAAAAUCUCGAAAAAGAAGACGUUGAUAUCCAAGGAAUUCUGCCGCUCUUAGAAUUUAAAAAAACUAUUAAACAAUUGAAACUUAUGGCAAUGACGGCGGUCAUAGCCUAUAUGAGCAUUGAUUUGCUGACAACGAAUGUCAACAAAAAAGGUUCAGUUUCAAAGAAAGAGGUUUGGAAUUGUCUUUCCUUCAAUACAAAGGAAUUAGUUUUGAAACAAUUUCUUGCCGUGGACGAAUAUAAAUUUAGAAUAAAGAAUAAUUUAUCGGAAAUUUACGAGGAAAUAACGGGAGAUGAAUGUACUAUCGAAAAAUGUUAAUUUACCCUGUUUAUGUUAAUUUCCAUUAUUAACAUCGUCAAUUCUUUUUAAUUUUUGUCGAAACAAGAAAAAUUUGUAUACGUAAAAAUGUUUCAAAAAGUUUUAAUGAACACGAAUGUUGUUUUCUACGUUUUUAAAAUUGUAAUCGUCAAUUUUUGUAGUUUUAAACUUUAAUUUGCCUUAAAAAGGAAUUUUUUUUAACUUCUAAAAACUCGAUGAAUGUAAAAUUGCAAUUUUUUUAAAAAAGUUUAUAAAUAAAAGAAAAUAAUGAGUCUAAACCUGUUGAAUUGUAGAAUUCUGCCUCCUUGAUCUGAUUAAAAUCUCAAUGAUGAUUUCUCCUGAUUUUCUUCGUAAACUUUCGUUCGAAUAUUGUACACUUUAUGUAUUCCGAUUUUUAUUUUUAUUAAGAAAUAUUUCUUUAAGAAAUUUUAAAGAUUUAUUAAAGAUUUAUAUCGUA